CGAUGGUGAGCAGGGUCGAGAUGGCUGGCUCCUGGCGCGAAGAAGAAGCCCGCCGAGCAGCGGAGAAAGUAGUGGAAGACUCCCGCAUCGAAGACCUGGUGAACGAGAGAGUAACAGCUACACAAGUUCGGAUGGAGCAGCUGAUGGAGCAGAAACUGGCCGAGAAGAUGGCCGAGAUGGAGGUACGGCAACGAGCCGAGCAGCAGAGCACAGAAGAUCUCCGGAGUGGGACCGAGGAACAAGGGGCACCACACCAGCAGCAAGCUGGGAGCCCAUCGCCCAACCCCUCCGCCGACGAUCUGACCAACUCGAUCGCGAAUGCCAUUGCCGGCCGCCUCCAGACCUCAUCCGGCGACAUCGGUGCAGUACCCCACUCUGGGGCCCUCCGCAUGACUGAGUCUAGACGAGUUGCACCUUGGGAUGGUGUAUUCAAGCAAGAAGGGAACGAUUUACAGCAGAAGCUCUUGAUUUUUAAGUCGAGCAUGGUAGCACGUUUUGCGCAGGAAGGAGUGCACGAGGUUGUAAUGAGUGAUGAAGACAUCCCUGUAGGCAAGCAUGGAGCCAACAUGGCACAACUCCGAACGCAGUUUGAUGCACUCAGAGUAGCCAAGGCGAUAGCGGCAUGGAAUUUGCUGAUUUCAUCGAUCUCAUACAUGCCAAUCCUAUCAGAGGUUGUCUCUGACGGGAGUCCGAGUGGGCGGUGGAUGAUCUUCCUUAAAUAUUACGAGCCUCAAGCGCGUGCAGAAAAGAAGAGACUAUUGAAGGAGUAUCACAGCUUUUACAUGAAGAGUGGUGAAAUCCCGCAAGAGUACUUCGGGAGGUUUUAUAUUCUACGGAGUAGGCUAGCCUCGCACGGUACGAUUUACCCAGACAAUGAAGCUAACGACCACCUGGUGUCUGCCCUGUCGUCUGAUUACACCCUUGAGAGAAGGAUGCUACACAACAUGGCAGAUUUGACCCUUCAGAAGAUAGAGCAGUCCGUGAAGGAUGCUUACGCGGACCUGGUGCGCGCGCGGGAGGAGGAGCAACAGAGUGGCGUGGGGCACGCUUUCGUCGCUUCGGGGCAACCCGGGGCGACGGAGGUGUCCAAAUUGGGUCGAGUGGGAACCGCGGCGGACAGGACGGCAAAGGCGACGGCCGGAGCAGGAGCAGCGAGACCAGGGGAGACGUUGUUACCUUCAUCCGUGCCGUAG